GUCAUUUUUAUUGGCUGGAAGUUGAGGUCAGUUCAAAUUGUUGCAGUGAAAGCUGUUGGUGGCCUGUUUUACUGCUGUUAUUGGUUGGAGGUGGCUGUAAGAGUGAUGUUUCUGCUGACUGUUUUUGGGAGCUGGCCUUGCUUCUUAAAUCUGAUCGGAUCAUAUCAUUGGGUGGGAAGCAUUGGGGAUCACAUUGCAUCUGGAUUCAACUCAUCUCUUCCAGAAUUGAAUGAUGGAAGUUUUCGAAAGGUUGCCCUCUGA